AUGGCGAAAAUCAGGCCCCAAGGAAAAAGAACACGAACAAAUGUGGCAUCCCAAAAGCGCUCACUUCCUCAACAGUCCAAGUCUUUGAACUCUCCACACUCCCUAAUUUUGGAAGCUGAGAAAUAUCUUCAGCAGGGCGACUUAGAAUCUGCCAUACCCGUCGCCAAACGCGCGCUUAGCCUUGUAAACACCAACACGGUCGAAUCGCUACCGUCCCUCAACCUUCUUGGGCAAAUUUAUGUAGAACACGGUGAUAUUGAAUUGGCACGUAAAUUUUUCACGCAGGCUGCAGAAAUCGACAUAGAUGGUACCAUCAGCGAAGAGCUCGGGGGUGGAGCAGACAAAUUCCUAUGGCUAGCACAACUUAGUGAGGAAGGUGGUCAUGACAGUAUGCAGUGGUUUGAAAAGGGGGCUACAUCUUUACGCCGACAGUCACAAGAAUUGCUCGGUAAUAUGCCAGCAUCUCUCAACGUUGAAAUGAAUCGGGCGGAAAUUUCGCGCAAACUGGCUGUUUGCUUGUGUAGCAUGGUGGAGGUCUAUAUGACUGAUCUCAGCUGGGAGGAUGAUGCCGAGCAGUUCUGCGAAACACUUGUUACGGAAGCGACCAUGGUAGCACCAGGUCUUGUUGAAUCAUGGCAGACUCUUGCUAACGUAAGGAUCUCACAACAGCGUUUGGAAGAUGCAAAAGCUGCACUAAAUAGAAGUCUUAGCCUAUGGCUAUCUUUGCCACCUCAAGAUCCUAACGUGCCCGAGUACUCUUCUCGAGUAAGCCUUGUUCGAUUACUAAUGGAAGCUGAUAUGGAUACUGAGGCUAUUCAAGUAUUGGAAAGGUUGGUAAGUGAAGAUGAUAGCAGCGUCGAGGUAUGGUAUCUAGGCGGCUGGUGUCUCUACAACUUAGGUCUAAAGCAAAAAACUUCUGACUUAGAGAGUGGCGAUUGCUUAGAGGACUGGAAAUAUUCUUGGGUGACAAGUAAGCAGUGGCUGAAACAAGCUCUACUUCUUUUUAAUCAGCAGAGCUACGAAGAUGAACGAUUAGGGGAGCAUGCCAAAGAGCUUGUAGAGAAUUUGAGCGCCGAGCUGGCAGGAGUGACAAUUCCAGAAGAUGAAGAAGAAUGGACCGAAUAUGAAGAAGAUGAAGAAGAUGAAGAAAUGACCGAAGCCUAG